AUGCUCGCAACAACGGUGUCGGCACCGGCGAGGCGCGUGAUUGAACGCGACGGGGAGGAGAUGGAUCCCCCAGACAGACCGGAAACUGACAUGCGCGCACCACAACUCCUACCACCGGACCAACAAGCAGCCACCCAGGGACCGGAUUCGGGAAAUUCCCGCCAAGCCGAACCCCUGGGAGUGCCUCGCGGCCUAGGGGGAGGGUCACCCCUGCGCAUGCCGUCCGUCCAGCUGCUGGGAUCGCCGACGGCACGUUCACCAGCCGCCAGGCGACAGCGUCUAGAUACCCCGGGAAGAGCGCAAGCCACAGGCGCGAGGGCGGCGGUCGACCUCCUCACCGCGUGGGAAGCAGCGACAUUCCAGGCCGACCGGAACCCUACCCCACGGGACCUGUUUGGCCUGAGAACCCUAAACCCACUAGCGGCGCCACCAGCAGGUCAGCCCCCGGCGACGGCAGAUGAAGACCUUGGGGCAGCGGGCUCCCAGCCAUCGGCCGCAGACGCAGCAGGGCGGCAAGUCCGGCGACUGGUGCAAAUCAACCUAUGCCACCAGAUCCUCCACCAGCACGGGCUAGAAGGGCUGCUGGCGGCGCACGCCGCGGGCAUGCUAGACCUGGAAAGCACCAACCUGACUUCGAGGCUCGGAAACGCGCCAGUAGGCGGUAGACAGUUACACGAGCCCUCGGGGCCCCGGUUUCCCACCUCUCUGGAGGAGAGACAGGUAGCCCGGCCCCCGAGUCUGCCCGCGAACGAGUACCUGAGCAGCGGCGCCACGGAGCGGGAUGGCCACCCCGCACCCGAGGCUGGUGUUUGGCGUACCGCCGGCGUAGUGGCCCCACCCUACCCCGUCGAGGAACGCCAGGAGUACCCAGCAUUGGCGAGACAACGCGAGAGCAGCGAUCUACACCCGGCAGCGACAGGCCACCUCAGCUGGGAAAAUAUGGGCAUUCCGUUCGCCCCGAAACGCGCAACCCAAGCGGCAGAAUCAGACGGUUUGCCCCAGCCGGGGGGUAAACUUCUCCUUGGGAACGUGCUUUUUGGACCGAUAGAAUCCGACGCCCGAGGCAUGACUACCCGUAGGAUCGUGCAGAUGCCAGCGCUGCAGCACCUACAACCCCCGCCCAUGGGAUUGGGAGGCAACCCUGGUCGCCUGGCCGCCCAGGCAGCAGCGGUAGCGGUGGAACGCCAUCGGGAGACCUUAGUACGCGCGAACGCCAACUUGGGAGGCACCACAAAUACCCACAUCCUGGCAGACGCUAUUGUGGGCGGUGUACUGAUGUCAUUGGGCAGCAGAGCCCCGCUUACAAACAUCGCGGCGGCGGUGGAACAAGUUAUCCGGGGGGUAGGGGAGCUCCUCAUCCGACAACUCAAGACAGCGCUCUCAAGCCCGUUGGGGCUGUCGUACGCCCAGUGGAUAUCGGAGCGCCUCACUACGAAGCUUCACGCGCUGCUCGCCCCUUUGACCACGUAUGCCGCGACCUACGACGCGGACAUCUACACGGUCAGCAACAUGCUGGCCACCUUACUGGGCGGGUUAGAGUUGGCCGACUGCGCGUUAAGCCUGCUGAAACCGAAUCACCCCCAACUGGGGGCAGCGCAACGAGCUUGGCUACUGGCCGCGGAAAACGAGGUCACCAGAGACGCCAUUUGCGAAGCAGAUAUGACGGAGGCAAUGUGGGCGAAAGGCUACGGCCCACAACUGGGCUGUCUUUGGCGCCUGCUGGAACGGGUGGACGAUACGGUCAGACUUCUGCGAUCAACUCUCGCCAACGCAAAAUUCCAAAGCGGUUGGCAAGAGAGCCAAGCUGGGGGCUCACGCACCCAGGACAACCCCGGGGGUGGGGCGAUGAGCGGAGGCCAGGCGGCAGGUAUGAGAAGCAGCGUCGGCAACGGGCCAGCGGGGGAAGAGGGCCGGCAGGGCGGGGGCCGCCGAAACGACGCCCUAGCGGGACGCGGCAGGCAAGGGCCCGCGCCGUGGCAGGCGGCCUUCGACGCAGUGAGAGACGAGCUCGGGAGGCGCAACCUCCCGGCAGAGCUGUGCCCGGAUAGCGACACUUUAUUCCGGACGGCCAAGUCCCUUCGCCCGGCGAUUUGCUGCAACGUGGCACUCCUGGGAAAGCAAUGCCCUAUGGGCGGCCCCCCAGGCUGCAAAUUCGUGCACGACGACCUCCAGCGGACUGUAGGGCGCUUGGUGACUGAGUUGGCGACGAAGAGACAGGCAGGGCCCAACUCGAGCGGGAAUAAGCGGACCUUGACGGCGAUUGGGAGUAGCGACUGCCCGGAGCGAGCGCGAAAAGGAACGCUAGGCAUUGACCCCAGUCGGAUCGGAUCGGACGAGGGAUCGCGCGGAACAGAAGGUGAACCCGAGACAAAAACCCUAACUCUCGAGCUAGACGGCGAGGACGCUGGCACUUGGUGCGACCCGGAAGAAGACGCGCUGCUGUUGUUCUUUAAGAAAGUGCCGGUCGCCAACAACCCCCAGACUGAGAUCGCGUUGCCCGCGCCACCAGAGACGGACCUACCACGCGCAGCAGAACAGCUGAACCGGGCAUGGCUCGGUAUCACCGCAGCAACACUGGCUGAGACCCCGGACACGCAGCUGAUGCAGGAAGCGACGUUCGAACAGGAAGUACGAAGGAACGAGCCGAAACGGAAACCUGCGGAAACGGAAACCUGCGGAAAUAGGUUUCGUCACGCUUUCCGCAGCGAAGCCCAGAUUGGCGCAAAUGCGGAAAGAGAAUCCGCAUUUCCGCGUUUGCUGUACGGCGGAAAUUGA